AUGUGGUUAACUAGAUCAUAUUCAUUCAUAAAAACAAGAUUAGAUUAUCAUAUCAGAAAACAUCCUUAAAUUUAAGAGGAAUAACCUAUUGUUACUUAUUAACCAAGUUUAAAUAUCAAAAACAAGUAGAGAUCAGUUAGUGCUAAUACUAAAAUGAAAAUCAAUAUCAUAAAAGUAUAUAAGUAAUUGAAUGUUAGGAUUUCUAUUAAAUUUCUAAGGAUGAUUAAUAUGUUUAUAAUUCUUUAGAGAUUAAUGAUAUCAUAUUUAUUGAAUAAAGAAGAACUGAUGAUAAAAUUCUAGAAAAGAAAGAUUGGUUAAUUAUUCUAAAAAAUAAAUCAUUCUCAGGAUAUAAGGUUCAAUAAAUACAUUAAUCAAUUAUGCUAUAGACUAUGGAAUAUGAUAUGUAAAAUAUAAAAUAAGUUAUAGACGUAGAUAAUGGUGGAUUUUUGUCAGUAAUUAAGAACAAAACAUAAAGGAAUUAAAAAAUCAAAGUUUUCAAUAAUUAAAAAAAUCAGAUACUCUACAUAAAAUAUAAAUUGAAAAAGAUGUAGUAAGAACAAUCAUUCAUGAUAUGUUUAAAUAAGUAUUAUUUUUAUAUUUAGAAUAGCAUGAAAAUUAAUAAUCAUUAAAAAAUAUUCUAAUAGCUUAUGCAAAUUAUGAUAAAGAAUUGGGGUAUGUUUAAGGACUUAAUAUCAUAGUAGCAAAUCUAUUAGUUUGCUAUGAUUUAAGUGUUAAUGAUUCAUAAUUAAAUGACUUUGAAAUUAUUGAUAAAGAUAGAGAUGAGACUGUGUUCUUUAUUUUAUUAUAUAUUAUGAAGGAUCAAAAUUGGAGAACUGUUUUUUUGGAAGGUUUUGAAGGAUUGAAAAUCAAAAUUGAUGUACUUGAAUAAAUGAUGAAAAAAAAGAUACCUGAAUUACACAAACACUUCUAUGAUGAAGGGAUUGUAAAGAUGAAUUUGUAUUUAGACUGAUUUUUUCCCUUUCUUUUCUCGUUUCUAUAUGACAUUAUUGAUGUACAAUAUCCCUUGGAGAUUUUCAAGCAUGAUACUUGAUCUUUUUCUAAUUGAAGGUGAAGAAAUUAUACACAAAUUGAUACUGGCUAUGUUACUAUAUCAUAAAAAUAAGUUGAUAACUAGAAACUAUAGUGACAUUAGAAUAUUCUGUUAAGAAUCACUAAUUAUUAGUUUUCUAGAAAUUUUUGAUGCCCCUUAACCAAAUUUAAAAGCGAUUUUGUAAAAACUUAAUUUAUUAUGA